UCUAUUGAUAACUGCGUGAAAAGAGCCGCAUAGGACCCGGUGGGAGCAACUAGGCUGCACCUAAAUUUGACCUCAAAUGACCCUAGUCUGGAGUACAUAAUUGAGGAAGACGGAUGGGAUGCAUUUGUGUUGACCAUUCUGCAACCACAAACAAACAGAAGAGCAAAAAGAAGCAGCGGCGUAACUGAGUUGGUCAGUAAUCGUAUUGUGGAGUCGAGGUCGUUCACACUUCAGGCACAGUCAAAUGUACCGCCAUUCUCCUUCGACUACUUUGUGGAGGAGAUACAAAUAACUACAACCACUACGACAACAACGACGACAACAACUACGACAACAACGCCAGAGCCUACGACGACUACAACAACAACGCCAGAGCCUACAACGAAUACGACAACAACGCCAGAGCCUACAACGAAUACGACAACAACGCCAGAGCCUACAACGAAUACGACAACAACGCCAGAACCUACAACAACAACGCCAGAACCUACAACAACAACGCCAGAACCUACGACUACAACAAAUAUGACAACAACAUCUGAUCCAACAACGGUAACUACAACAACUGCUACUACAACGUCCAAUGCUGCAACUACAGCUAACCUGACUUCUCUCGAGCAAGCAAAAGACGAGGAAAACGAAGAUGAUACGUGCUAUUGGUGCUACGUACUUAUUGCACUAGCAAUAAUUCUGUUAUUUCUUCUUCUUCUGUUGUGUUACUUCUGCUGCAUAUGGAAGCGUCAAAAACAAGUGAAACAAUUUUAUAUCCCAUCAGAGAAGAAUGUCGCAAGAUGCGAAAGUAUUUUGAUCACCGAGAUCCGAACUCCACCGAUGGUUGAAAACCGAGUGAAGAAACUGUCUCGAAUAUCUAACAACACGAAUGUCAGCUUAAAACGGGAAAUUGUUGACUUAGGACCAAAAAUGUUUGAAAAUGUCAGAGAUCUGACCAAAGAAAAUGUAGAGCAGAUGAUAAAAGGGCCUCAUAUGGAUUUCCGAGCGGGCGGGUUUGAAUUAGCUCGCGCAGCUACGAUCUCUGAAGUUACGACAACGAAGCGUCUUAACCCGUCAACUUUCAUGAUAAGAAGUUCGUCAGUUGUCGGCAACCCGUUACGAGGAGCUGAGAAUAGUGUGCAGGAUCCGGAGAUAAUGUCAAGCGUGUUAAGUCACGUGAUUACUUUUGAAAGCGAAAUUGAGCUUGUUGCCGAGUGCAAUCGGCAUCCGAAGAUAAACGAACACAUUUCGGAGAUGGACGAGGAGCAAGAGGCCGACUUGUUGCCGCCUCCGCCGACAACUCCAAUUGCAGUUUAUAGCGACAACGAUGCUGCAGCGAUUGUUCCAAUGGUUGAUCCGGUGUUCACUCCAGCAGUUUUACCGAUAGUUUCUCCAGAACGAGGUGAAAAAAUUCAACCGAAGAAGCCGAAAAAGAAUGGAAGCGUUCAGAAGAAAAAGAAAAAUUCUUCCGCCUCAAAAGUCCCGAAACCAAUGGAAGCCAAUUCGAACACAAAGAAGAAAAAGAAAAACUCUGCUGCCUCCAAAGUACAGAAUCCAUUGGACGUCAAUUUGAACGCAAAGAAGGAAAAGAAAAAGAAGCCAGUUGCAAAAAAGACGGCCAAGAAACCAUUCAAAUAAUAAACAAAUCAAGAAAAAAACUUGAUGCAGAAUUCAUUUA